CCACAACCUCAUCAUCUUCAACAAAUAACACACACCUACUAAUAACAACACUUUGUUUAAGAGUUCUCCCAUCAUCUACAAUGGCAAGCAUAGAGGAGCUCGCUCGCUUUGCCGUUGCUGAACAAAACAAGAAAGCGAAUUCGAAUUUGGUGUUUGAUAAGGUGAUAUACGAUAUCACGGUGGUGGCGGCCGACCACGGCGGCCAGAAGAAGGUGUACGAGGCAAAGGUGGCGGUGAAUGAAUCGCAGAACACAAAGGAGCUUAAAGAAUUCAAGCUUGUUGGCAAUGAAGCCUCCAAGCCUGCAGCUGGGGGCAUCUCAAGUGUCAGUCUCUAAAUUAAACCAAAUCCUUUCUAGCUAGUUUCUAGUCGAGUCUCGAUCAGAUUCCAUUCGAGAUAGCUUUUCUAAGAACAAUAGUUUAAUUAUAUGUGCAUGGAUUGCCUAAGUACUGUAUGUAUGCAUGCUUGUACGUGGAGAAUAAAGUCUGUGAUUGCCUUCAAAGUUCAUCUGAAUUUGUUGGCAUUUGUAAGGGGUGUGACAUGUUGGAUUGUUAAUAAUAAAACCUAGUCUUGUACUAUGUUGUUUUU